AUGGAAAACACACAGCUAGAAAACCGCUGUGCUGCUGUUUCAGUGCCGCUGGAUAUCGAGCUUCUGAAAGUAACGAUAGGCAAACUUGAGCAUGUGCUGGGAGCCUCAGAAGCCGCUGACUGUUUUCCUGGAGCGCUCGCGUUCGUUUUACGGCACUCGACUGGGGAGGCUGAGCAAGUAUCGGCGCGACUGCAGUCGCUAUGCUUACAGGUUGAGGCCCUCUUCCUACCUCAACUUCUUGAAGAGUAUUUCAAGUCCGAAACUGCUGACACUGAAGCACGAGGUGUGGAAAAGCCCCGUGUCAUGGACCCGUCACCAGAGCUCACAGAGAUCGUCAGCGCCCUAACAGAGACGAGAAGCCGCCUGGAAGCGUGGUCCCGCGACAGUUCUGCUUCGCUGACUCGCUUUACCAGCGUUAAACCUGAACUGCGUGAGCUCAUCUUACCCUAUCUAAAGCAGCUACUCUGCUUCGGUAACGCUCUCGCAGCCCGAGACUCCAUGGAAACGCUUCGAAUGGUCGCGCCGCUGUGGAGCGACCGUCAGACGGCUCCUCUCUAUGCCAUUUUCAGAGACAUUGUUCGUGUCUGGAAAUGGUCUGAAAGCAGCGGGUCACGCAUCCCGGAGCCACAUCAUAGCAACCUAGAGACGUGCAGACGCUGCAUUGUGGAAGCUGUACUAGUUCCACGCUUGGCGACGCAAAUCGGAAAUGGUACCGCACCCAUUCAGGACAGCGAGCUGACGACGUGCCGUAUGAUCCAGGACACGGACCCCGCGCUCUUCCAACAUUUCGCUCGAUUACUCAUCUCCAAGCUAGAUUACUCGCGGAGUAGGAUCUUCAUGGACGCAGCUGCAGUCGAUCGAGCGACAGCCACAAUGCUCCGCUGGGAUGAGGCGUGCAUGCUGUUUGUGUACCGCGCUUUCGAGGCGAUGCUCUCCUGGCAAGAAAAGCUGGCAAUGCUUCGAACGUUAUGCGAGGGACCUGAGGACACCACCGGUGCUGCCGCCGCGAUGCAAUCUCUGAGUCUUUGGACCGUGAGUGUCUCCGGUGAGAGACUUCUCGAAUCAUUCCUACAGGCCUUUGACAUCAACUUGACCCCCGACUCGUAUCUGGAUAAUCACGAGAAUGCCGAAUUAUCGCUUACUGGGAAAAGUCAGGAAGCACUCUCCCCGAUUCAGUCAUUAGAAGCACCGGUUGAAAAUCGUUUAACCCGCUUUUCGCGUGAAUUUGAGGCACUUUGCCGGCGUCAUCGCGAGUCCCGCAAACGAAUGCAACGGCAGCAGCAGCAGCAGCAGCACCAUCACCAGCAGCAGACCCGCACGCUAAGCACCACGACGCCUUUCGAGAGCAUCGUGGAGACGCGUCACUGUCCUUCAGUGACGACACAACAGCAAACGCAAAAGCAGCGGGUGUACAGGCGCGUAUUAGACGGCUCCGCUCGUCACCAUGCAUACACCGAAUCGUCUGCCGUGACCGUUGCCGCCGCGAACGCUGCAGGCACGAUGACAGUAGAAGAAUGGAUGGAGCUUUUAAGUCAGAAAAUUGCACAGCUCCGGAUGGUCGUCGACUCUGGAGGCAAGAGGAGUCCAGAAGAAUGGUAUCUGUGGGUGAUCCGACCAGCACUUCUGGUUCUCGCAGGUGACAAUUCCGCGACAUUCACUACUUGGGUAUCUGAGGCUCUCAAAAAGUUGGAGAAACAUUUCGGGUCGAAUGCGCUGCGGUGUGAACCUGCGAGUGCGUGA